ACCGUUUGGUGCUGGGGACAUGGGUGGAGGCCUUGAGGUGUCAGCGCUGGGGACAUGUUUUUUUGCUGGGGACACUGGUGGUGGCCACGGGGUGAGAGUGCUGGGGACACGGUUUAUUGCUGGGGACACUGGUGGUGGCCUUGGAGUGAGAGUGUUGGGGACAUGAGUGGUGGCCUUGAGGUGUCAGCGCUGGGGACAUGGUUUAUUGCUGGGGACACUGGUGGUGGCCUUGGAGUGAGAGCGUUGGGGACGUGGGUUAGUGCUGGGGACACGGGUGGUGGCCGUGGGGUGCCGGCGUUGGGGACGUGGGUCGGUGCCGGCGCAGGGACCCGGAGGAUGUCCCCAGGACACGCGCUGGGGACCUGGCCGGUGGCUGGGGGUGCCGUGGCCGUGUGGCUCUGCCCCGGCGCGAGGCCACGGCCGGUGACGGGCGCCCGGUUGCCGUUUCCUCCCGCUAAUCGCCGCUAAUUGGCUUUGCCCUGCCGGGGGCCAGGGAGCCCACGGGGGAGCGGCGGGGGGGGGGGGCGCGGGGGGGGCCACGUCGGGGCGUAAGAGGAUUUUCCGGGUCCUUCUUAAGGCUCGGCCACCGCAGGGUCCCGCUCCCUGCCCGCUGCCCACCCACCCCCGGCCCCAUGCCACGCUCCCGGGGGGACAAGGGGGCCCCCAAGGACACGGAGACCCCGGGGAAAGGGAAAAGGGGGGAGGGGGGGGAGAAAAGCCCCAAAACCCCCGAGGACGGUGGCCCCCCGGCUACCAAAAGCCCAGGCUCUGAGUCCCGGCAAGGCGGCCACGGGCAGAAGAACGGCAAGAAGGGGCCUGGGGACCCCCACGCCGCGGCCACCAAGACCUACUCCCCCUUCCUCAACACCGUCUUCGGCAAGGAGCGGGAGCUGUCACCAGAGGAGCUGGACGAGCUGCUGGACGCCUUCAAGGAGUUCGACACGGACCAGGACGGGUACCUCAGCUACAAGGACCUGGGCGCCUGCAUGCGCACCCUGGGGUACAUGCCCACCGAGAUGGAGCUCAUCGAGAUCUCCCAGCACAUCAAGAUGAGGAUGGGCGGCCGCGUGGACUUCGAGGACUUCGUGCAGAUGAUGGGGCCGAAGUUGCGGGAGGAGACGGCCCACAUGGUGGGCGUGAGGGAGCUCAAGAUCGCCUUCCGUGAGUUCGACGUGAACGGGGACGGGGAGAUCAGCAGCGCGGAGAUGCGGGAGGCCAUCGCGGCGCUGCUGGGGGAGCAGCUGAAGGCGCAGGAGGUGGACGAGAUCCUGCAGGACGUGGACCUCAACGGGGAUGGGCGCGUGGACUUCGAUGAGUUCGUUAUGAUGCUGUCAUCCCGGUAACGAAGCUUUGGGGCAGGAGGGGACCCC